ACAUAAUUGGUAUUUGAAAUCCAUUUCAAUAUGUGUGUAAACCCAUGUUAAAUAUAAAACCUUUGAUUUUGUAGGGAAUUGGUGGAGAAAUAGAUUCGAUGAGGAAGUGGAGCAUCGUUGAAGAAUUGGAGAAGGUAGAAAUUUCGGAGGAAGGUAAUCAUGGAGAGAGGGAUUCAUUGAAAAUUGUGGCAGUGCUUCGAAGAUUUGUGGGUGUGCAGCAACGCAGAGCCGAAGCUUAUGCGAGGCUGAAGCGAGGAUUUGAAGAUUAUAUGGCUUCAGGAGUAGAAUCAACUUACCAACAGCUAUGCAGUGAGAUCACUGCUGAAUUUAAUGAUUGCUCAAAGCAGGUCCUUGAGAUGGAGUCUCAGUUUCUAACUGCCCAUUGCUUCCGAGAAGAUCUGUCUCUACUUUUGAGAUCUGUUCAAAAUCAAGAAAAGAUGAAGCUGCAACUGACCGCCAUAAUACAAGUCUUGAAAAGAGCUGGCCGCCCCUCGGAGCGUCCAGUGAGUCAUGAAAAUUGUAGAUUUAGUAAGCCAACUGGACAUGAAUGCGUGCAUAUCCAGAAGAUAACCGAAGCUUCAGGCACUGAAGAAGCAGAAGCUGAUGCUGAAUUUGAUAAUGCUCUCAAGGAGGCUAUCAAUGGUGUUCAAGAUGCAGUGACGGCAAUAAAUGACCAUUUGGAAGAAGUUAGGUAUGAGAUUGCAGCACUUGAAGACUAAAGGUGUAGUCGGUUGACUUUGCCUUUUAAGUUGUUAAAGGCACAAUGCUAUGAAAAGUCACCCCGUAAAUUCCAUGGCAAUCAAGAUAUUGUUCAUCAUAACGGUUUUAUUCGUAUAGGCAGCAAACAUUUUAUUGUUGAUGGUGGCACAAGGAGUUGAUAUAUGUGUUGCAUUGAGAAGUGUAUUUGAGCUAUUAAAUUAAGCUUUCAAAAUUGGUGCUCAAUCUUAUCAUAAAGAACCUGGGCAUUGUUAAGCUAA